UCAUCAUUCAACACCAGCAGCCACAUUUUGUGACACGAACCAACACCAGCAUACAUUUUGUAAUAUUCUGACAUUUUUGUAGCUAUGUAGUGCUUUAUAGUGGUUGUUCCCGCCGCCUUAUUUUGUUGUACCCCUAGCGCCCUAGGUAGGGAGUGUAGUGUGGUUUGUAACGCGCCCUUUUCUCGAGCGCGCGGUAAAUUUUGCUGCGUUUGUGCUGCUGGUUUUGUAAAAACGUCAGGAAAGGCCUUCAUACAAAGUUAGAUCCUUGUUCUGUGGGACCCAUGGGUUUGUUACAGCAAUGUGCCGAGCUCUUCAACACAUCCAACCUUUAUGAGGUGCUCUGUGUGGCGAAGGAGGCAUCGGAUGCAGAGCUGCGACGUGGUUACUAUAAACUCUCCCUGCAGGUUCAUCCAGACAGAGCACCUGGUGACGAACAGGCCACCAUCAAGUUUCAGGUACUAGGAAAAGUCUAUGCUGUGUUGAGCGACAAGGACCAAAGAGCUGUGUAUGAUGAGCAGGGUGUAGUAGAUGAAGAGUUGGAUUCACUCAACCAAGACCGCAACUGGGAAGAACAUUGGAGAAGGCUGUUUCCAAAGAUAACUUUGCAGGACAUAAUUGACUUUGAGAAGCAGUAUAAGGAUUCGGAGGAAGAGAAGCAGGACCUAAAGAAGCUCUACCUGCUGCAUGAGGGAGACAUGGACCGCAUCAUGGAGUCAGCACUGUGCAGCAGUCAUGACGACGAGCCUCGUGUGCGGAACAUCCUGCAACAAGCCAUAGAUGAUAAAGAUGUGCCAGUCUACAGAGUCUUUACUCAUGAAAGUGCCAAGAAAAAGGCCACCCGCAGGAGGAAGGCAGAGAAAGAGCAGCAAGAGGCUGAGGAGCUCCAAAGAGAGAUGGGGCUGAGUACAGAGGAUAGCCUAGUGGCCAUGAUCCAGCGAAGACAGAAGUCCAAAGAAAAAGAUUUUAACUCGUUCAUCUCAGAUCUAGAGGCCAAGUACUGCAAGAAGUCUUCCAAGGGAAAGAAGGCGAAGAAAAACUGAAAUAUGCAAAUAUGAAACAGGCAGUUGCUUGUAUUGGGUGUUGUUGUGUCACCUUACUGCUUUCCACACUUUGGACAGAAAAUUACAACCAUCUUUUAGAGCCCAAGGUUUCAUGAUUGGAACUGGACUCCCGGAAAAGCCUACAGGAAGGCAGUGACUGUCUUCUAUUUGUAUAUUUUUCUUCAGUUGCUGUUGGGGCUGCACCAAUUCCAUACUGCAUAUCUGUAUUAGACCAAUAUAAGAAUUAAAUUGAAUCCACCACUGAUUAAAAUUUUGCCAUAUAUGUUUAUAUAGGUUGUAAACACUGACACAACUGAUGUUAACUAAUACAAUUUGACUCUUGAGUGUCAAUAUAUUUAUGGGAUUGUUCCAAAUCAUGCCUGCAAUAUUUCAUGUUACUUGGCAGCAGUGGCUUGUAGAAAGCAGGCUCAGUUACUGUGAGGGUUUUAGUAUUAGAUAAUUAGAGUUCCGAUAUUGAUGUGGUCAAACUUGGAAUGCAUAGUAUUCUGGUGCAUCUCUAUUUGCUAUGCAUGUUUCUUUAUUCUCUACAAGCAGAGCUCCUCCUCGCUGUACAACAUAAAAACCCUGAAUAAGUAAUUUAAUGAACAGUUGUAGGUACUGUACUAUGGCCACUUGAUUAUGUUCAGUUAUAUGACAAGUAGAAAAUAGUCCCUGUAUUACAUAUGUAUAACACAGGCAUGCAUGAAUGAGGGCAAGUGUGUGUAACACCAAAACAUUCAUUUGUAUUUUUGUUCAACAUGGAUGACAAUUUAAUUUAAAAAUGUAGACAAUGAUGAGUUCAGAAUUAUCCUAGCUUUCUGUCAGCAAUUCUUUAUUCACUUUUUGUGGCACUUGUACAUAUAUUGUUUUGGACAAAGUCUAAAUGUAAUAAAUGUUACUUUUUUUUCA